UAUCUAACUGCUGCAACAGUUUAGUAAUGGAUUUAAGGUCUCUUAUAGACUUCAGUCUUCAGCUGUUCUCACUUCUUAACGUGUCUCUUUUAAAAUUUUAUCAUUCAAAUAAGCACAAAUUAAAAAAAAUUUUAAAUACUAAAUGAAAAGUUUUGAAUCAUUCUCUUUGACAUAAUAAUAAACCUAAAAAAUUUUAUGAUAAAAAUGAUAAUCGAUUCAACGAAACAGAAGUUGUUGGCAACGUAAGUGACAUUAAAUUAUCAACCUAACCUUCGUUAAUCCUUUCGGAUGUAUUGAUAAAUUCCUUGGACUUUUAAAAUGCUGAAUUACAUGAAACAAUAUGAAUUAUUGCAUUAAGAUGAACUAGAUGUAUGUCGCAGUGGAGAUUACACUUGACGGUUGAUCGAACUCGUCGAGUAGUCUCGGAUAUUAUCGUGUACACACCCGACAACGACAUCGAAUUACUCUGGGCGUUAUAAUAAAUGCGUUUAUGAAUCGACGCUUGGACGAUAGACACUGCCAGUUGAUCAUAAAGAGUCACCGGAUCAUCAUCACCACUAUCACAAUCAUCAUCAACAACAACAUCAAUAACACCAGCAUGUUUUCAUUGUAUUUAAUAUUCAAGACAACCUUACUGUUUAGUUUCUUUGUGAAGAUAACCCUUUGGAACUUUCAACCCUUACUUGGUGGUGCUUGUGAAAGUGCAACCUUAUGAACGAAGUUUAAGAACCACGUGAAUAUUUUAAAAUCAUUGCAAGCACACGUAUAUUGAAGAAUUUUUUAUCUUAGCUUUUUUAUUCAGUGUCACGUUUUUCUGGAAAUUCUUCACAAGACAUGCAAGCGGAUUUAACGGGAAAGAAAGAAAGAGUUGACUGCUAUUUUAGUUGGUGAACGACAAAGUCUUUGUCAGUUUGAAAGUCAGUAGUUGAAAGUUUUUUCGAGAAUCAUCAACUAUUGAUUCUUCUUCAAAAUAAAUGAUUUUAAAAAGUUAGAAAGUGUCUGAUGGAUUAUUUUGUUUUAUUAAUUGUGAACAAAUGGAUUGAAAUCAAGAACAAGUUUUCCUGUAAUUUAAUAGUAAAAUUAAUAUGAUAAAUUUAAUAUCAUGUUACAAUUUUCUUUCCACUGCCUGACCUUCUAGAUCGAUGUCAAUCUUCAUUCGAACGUAUGAUCGCGGAUCGAUUACUAUACCAGUUACUCGUCUUUCAUUAUUAUUGUGUUGAGUUGUCGCAUUCUAAUGUAUGAUACUCUGCAUGAUAAUCAGCACCAACAAUAAUAAUAUCUGUAAUAAUGAUCAUCAUAACAACUUGUCCAGGUGUCAAUGGCCUUUAGUGAACCUUAAGGUUUUUGUAUGCACCUGAUGAAUACUACUUUUGGCAAACAAGAUCAACCAUGACUCGCCCACUGACUUGAAGUGCUUUGAACCUCGCCUACAAACUCAAGAUCCUGGGAACAUUCUCAAGACUUAAUGGACUGGCUCAGUCGGUGUGUCUGUGGCUCCAAGGAGUCAGGAAAUUUUGAAAAAAAUAAGAAGAAGAAGAAACGACGGAAAGAUAAAGUUGGAGAGCUGAAAAAAAAUGAAGAUAAAUAUGUUAUUAGUGAUGAUAAAGAUGUUAUUAAUAAUGAGAAGAAAAGUACUUUGUCAUGCGUCAAUGCAUAUCAGAAUGAUGAAGGUCUUCAGGUAAUUACUAAUGUUGAGAAUAAUGAUCAAAAGCAAGUGUUUCAAGAUACAACAAAUCAAGUUGAUCAACAAAUUCAGUUUUCUGGACUGAAUUAUGGUGGAGCUUCUGAAGCUGAUGUUAAUCUUUCUGUGAUUCAUAUCACUGAAAAUGAUGACUUAGAAUUUUAUGAUUCACUUUCUGAUACCACCCCUGAAGAUAGCUUGAGGAAGAACAGUUUAAAAGAAUGUAAAAGCAGUUAUAGCUGUAAUAAAAAUAAGGAUUUUGAAUUUAACCAAGUUGUGGAAAAUUGUGAGAAAGAAGAGGAGAAGAGUUUUAGAAGCUGGAGCUCUAAGAUUGUAAAGUCUAGUAGUGAGAAUAAUAAUUUUUAUGCGAAUUCAAAAUCAUGUAGUUUCUCAGUGCCAAUAUUUGAUGAUGAUGAUGAUCGUUGCAAAAGGAAAAAAAUCCAAAAUAGGAAAGUUAAGUCGUUAAUUCCUAAAGCAUCACCUGAGAAACAAAGGCAGAAUAAUCAGAGUUAUAAUGACAGUUCUAAUAGGAAUAAUAAAAAUGGUCGUGUCCAUGGAGCAAUUGUCUCCGGUGUCAACUGGGAUCAGCGAAGCGUCACGGUAGAAUGGUUCGAGAAAGGUGAAACCAAAGGAAAAGAGGUGGAAAUCGACGCCAUCCUUGCAUUAAAUCCCGAGCUAACAUCAAAAAGCAUGCCUCCACCACCACAGAUCAACAUGUCAGUAACUAGAUCAAGGGAUUCUUCUGAUGAGGAGGAUGAUGCUGCUGAUGAUUUGGAUAACCAAGAGGAUGGCUCUCUUGGACGUCAUGGUGGACACACCACGAGGAAUGGACUCACUUCGGCAACACUUUCUCAUGCUCCCAGGCAGUCUAUCCCAGUUAAAGCGAGUUCAAAUAGACAACGAAAUCAGCCAGGACGACCAACAAGCAUAUUACCACCAUCAGUGACAUCAGUAAAUGGUCAGAAUGAAACAAUGACAGCUCUUACAAGCCGGCGUGAAGUCGAAAAUAUACCACCAACACCAACAAUACCAGCAUUUACAAACAUUAGUACAACAUCAACAAAUAAAACGAAGCAAAAUCAGUCCUCACAACCGCAGCAACAACAACCAAUUCAACCCCCGACAACGGUAGAGAAUGGAAGAGGUAGACGAUCAAAUGUUGUCAAGGAAGUUGAAAGACUUAAAAAAAAUAGAGAGGAAAGGCGACAACGUCAAGCAGAACUGAAAGAAGAGAAAGAAGCUUUGAUGAAUAUGGAUCCUGGUAAUCCUAAUUGGGAAUUUUUGGCGAUGAUUAGAGAAUAUCAAAAUAGCAUAGAAUUUAGGCCUCUUCGAGAAUCUGAUGCUGUGGAAGAUCAUCAAAUUACAGUCUGUGUGAGAAAGCGUCCAUUGAACCGCAAAGAACAGAAUAGGAAAGAAGUUGAUGUUAUAAGUGUACCAAGUAAAGAUCAAAUGAUCGUUCAUGAGCCAAAGCUCAAAGUUGAUUUAACGAAAUAUUUGGAAAAUCAACACUUUAGAUUUGAUUAUGCUUUCGAUGAGACGUGUAAUAAUGAGAUUGUUUAUAAAUAUACUGCUAAACCUCUGGUUCAGACUAUUUUCGAGGGAGGAAUGGCAACUUGUUUUGCUUAUGGUCAGACAGGAAGUGGUAAAACACAUACAAUGGGUGGUGAUUUUAAUGGAAAAACUCAGGAUUGUAAGAAGGGAAUUUAUGCUAUGGCUGCUAAAGAUGUUUUCAAGCUUCUUAAAUCUGCUAAAUAUAGAGUAUUGAAUCUCGUCAUAUCUGCAAGCUUUUUUGAAAUUUAUUCUGGGAAAGUAUUUGAUUUGUUAGCUGACAAAGAAAAACUUCGAGUUUUAGAAGAUGGCAAGCAACAAGUUCAGAUUGUUGGAUUGACGGAAAAAGUGGUUGAAAGUGUAGACGAAGUUUUAAAGUUAAUUCAACAUGGGAAUAGCGCCAGAACUAGUGGGCAAACUAGUGCUAAUACUAAUUCUUCAAGAUCACAUGCAGUUUUUCAAAUUAUUGCACGAACGCCAGGUACUCAUAAAGUUCACGGAAAAUUUUCGCUUAUUGAUCUUGCUGGAAAUGAAAGAGGUGCUGAUACAUCUUCUGCUAAUAGACAAACCAGAAUGGAAGGAGCAGAGAUAAAUAAAUCAUUACUUGCCCUAAAAGAAUGUAUACGUGCUUUAGGACGAAAAGAUCGAGGAACUCAUCUACCAUUCAGAGCUAGUAAACUUACUCAAGUACUCAGGGAUAGCUUUAUUGGUGAAAAAUCAAAAACUUGUAUGAUUGCUAUGAUCAGUCCGGGAAUGAGUUCUUGCGAACAUUCUUUGAAUACUCUAAGAUACGCCGAUCGAGUGAAGGAGUUGGCUGCAACAGAUCCAACCGAAUUAAGGGCAUCGCCUACUGGUGAAGAACGUCUAGCUCAAAUCGAUGAACAGGCAAAUGAUAGCGUACUGUCUGAUAGUGAUUUAGCACAGCUUAGAUCAUUGAAUGAGGGAGAACUUUCAGAAGAUUUAUAUACUUUCCAUGAGGCUGUAACAGCAUUACAAACAAUGGAAGAAGAAGUACUGGAUACGCACAAACUCGUUAUUGACAAUACAAACAAAUUCUUGAAUGAAGCCCAUCAAGUUUUUAGUGCAACCUAUGAAGUAGACUACGAUCAAGAAGAUUUGAGACGGAAAAGAACUAAGUUUGAAUCGUCCUACCUGAUGAAGAAGUUUUCAUUGUCUAGGCGUCUGAUUGAGCGAAUACAAUUUUCGGAUGCGUACGCCAAAAAAUGGGAAGAAUUGCUGUUGCAACAACGAGACACUAUCACUGAAGCAUUGGACCAAGUCAGCCAGUUUCGUGUUAAACUCAUGCAAGAGGAACAGAUGAGCCAGCAGAUAACACGCUUAGUUAAUCCACGGUACAACUAAUAAGGAAUCAACAAAAAUAAAUUUCAAAAAAGAACAAAAACAAGAUGGAAAAAUAUAUAUUAAUGUUACUGUUAUUAUUUCUGUAACACUAAAAAAAAAAAAAUUCGUAUUAUUUUAUCGUACUGACGACAUAAUGUUAUCAGAUGUGUAUUCUAAAGUUUUUUUAUUUUAUUUACUACUAUCAGAUAUUCGCUGGCACUCGAAAAUAAUAAUAUAUCAAAUUUAUGUAUGAUCAAAAUGUAAGUAAUUAGUAGAAAAAUAAUGAAGAAAAAUUUUUGCACAACUUUUACCUAAUCCGUUUGAUCGAGAUUAUCGACCAGACAUGAUUAGUAGAUUCUUUUCGAUAAUGAUUAGUAGUUAGUGUGAUCUUGUGAACUUUAGAACACUCUGAAGCAAUAACUCGUCGAUAAAUAAACCAUUUGUAUUUUUAAAUUAAUUUUUAACGAUAAUACCAUACAGAAGAAAAUUUUCAUUCUAAUAACUUUAAAUAAUUUUUCUCAUUUGCUCAUUGGUUUGUAUUCAAUCAGCAAUUGAUAUUAUUACUUUUAAAUUUAUAAUCUCGCGUACUUUUUUUAUUUUCUGAUAUAAUAAAUAAAUAAUGCAUAGUUAAUUCAUGCGAAAAAACGGCCUGACUAAUAAUGUCAUCAUAAUCUUAUUAUUAUUUAUGAUUUGUUUUUGUAACACUCUUUGAUGUUUAGAGCCCACCCAUUUCUUUAUACUAAAUUCUUCUCACUUAUUCCAUCAUCCUCAACACCAUUUCCUUCCCAUUCUUCUUAUCAUGGUCACCGAGAAGGCCAACCUUUUCAUAUCUAUGCUUCGAAUUUGCUAAAAGAUCAGGAAACCCGGAGAACUGAUCUUGGUGUUAAAGGCCUACGCCUGUGCAACUCUUGAUCAGUGGUAAUAGCCUUGCACCGAGUUCAUAUUUAAAUAUGGAAUUGGACCAGAUUCUAUGGCUAUACGAAGUCAUCACCACUGAUCAAUUAUCAUGAUAUUUUGUUAUUUAUUAAUGAUCAUUAGACAUAUACAAAAUUUAUCAAUAUAUCUUGAUGUAUUUUUCGGAAACUUCAUUUUACCAUAAACGAUUCGCGAGAAAUAUUUAUCAAACUAUAAGAGAAAGAUUAAACUAUGUAAAAGAAAAAUUAAAGUGUUAUCACAGCUUUUAUGAAUGUAACUUUAUCGGAAUGAGUGAGUGCAUGAUGAUAGUUAUAUAGACAAAAAAAUAAAAGAAGAAAUAAAUAAUUUUUUUUACUAUGUAGGGUAUCGGGGCAGCUAUUUAUUAAUAAUUUUUAUAAUUUUAAUGCAAAUUUUUGUGGUUAUAAAUCACAAUACUAUCGUUGAUACUAUUUUAUAUUUUUUUUAUUAUUAAUUGAUGUGUACCCGAUCCCUCAUUGAGUUUAUCAUUAAUGCGUAAUAGCUUUUGUGUUGCAUAAAAAAUAAUAAAACCAAAUAACGACUGAA